CGCCUGUUAUAGAUUGAUCUAUUAUUAAUAUUAGUCGUACGAUCUACGAUCUACGUUCUGCUACGUGUGUCGUUCUACGUGUGCUCUACGUGUGUCGUUCUACGCUCCUUUGAUGCAUGCAUGACGAAGAGUGACAAUGUCUUACCUCAUUAUGAAUCAGUCUUCUUCUGCAUUACGUCUGCAUGGCUGACGUGUGUCUUACUUUGGUACGAGCUGACGAGGCCUAUACUGUCGUGUCAUAGCGCCAUUAGUGCCACGACAGCACUGACGUGUCUCUGCUGCUUAUCUCUCCAUGAUUGCCAUUUUACAUGUUCACUUCUAAAUUAUCCUAGAACAAACCAGAUGGUGUUUCCUGCUGUGGUAUACGCGAGUUGCAUGGAAUGAAUCUUGCGUGCGUACGUUAUAACAAUUGGCGACGAAGAUGAGCGUUUGUAGUAACCUGAGCACAGCCCACAAGCUUCCAGUUUUCGAAUACCGGGGCACGCCAGCAGAAGUGUCCUCUCGCUGGAAGAAAUGGCUACGAAGCUUUACGUACAUGGCUGAAGGCCAAGGGAUUACGGAUCACAAACGGCUGAAAAAUUUAUUGCUGCAUACUGCCGGAACACAGGUUCAGGACUUAUUCGAAGACCUCGAAGAUCCACAGGCGUCGGCUCUGCCUGCGGAUGACAACGAGUACAAGGUUACGUUACGGAAACUGAACGAACAUUUCAAGGCCGCGCCACAUCCUGUAUACGAGCGUCACGUGCUGCGCCAGAUGACCUUUGCUAAGAAUGAGUCGGUGUGGCAAGGCUGGUCAUUUCGGUCGGGAUCCGAGUUGCCCGGCGCGUGGCAAAACCUGCAGCAAGUGUCAGCGUCGUGGGCAUUUCGCUUCCUGCUGCAAUUCGCAGUCGACGUCCCACAUUUCGUCCGAGCCAGAGUCACUGUUCGACUCUUUCAGCAUUGGGGCUCUCACCGACGAUGUGUCACCUACAGAUAAGUGUCAACCUAAGUCUAAGUCUCAUCCUCCCAUGAUGAUUGAUGUAUGCGUUAAUGAUGUAGUCUGUCCUAUGGAAGUCGACACUGGUGCUGAAGUUUCAGUAUUCCCUAGUUCUGUUUGGAAGGAGCAGUUUUCCAAUGUGUGUCUGCAUAAGUCUCGUGCAUCACUGCAUUCGUAUGGUGGUAGUUCCCUUUCUGUAUUGGGUGAAUGCAUUGUCGAUGUCCGUUACGAGUCUCACCAGUUUCGAGACACCAUCAUUGUUGUAGAGGGUAGUGGUCAGCCCCUGUUUGGUCGGAACUGGAUGUCCCACGUCAUUAUAGACUGGUCAAAUUUUCGUAAUGCACAGGUCAAUGCAUUGUCGCUAGAUAGUCUAUUGCGUCAGUUCCCUACCGUAUUUCAAGAGGGUUUGGGUACCAUUAAGGGUCAGUCUGCCAAGAUCCAGCUUCAAGGGUCGCCCACCCCCAAGAGUUGCCGUUCCCGUCCUGUCCCGUACGCUGUCCGCACUAAGGUUGAAGCGGAGUUGUUGCGUCUAGAGGGGGAGGGGAUCAUCAAGCCGGUCUCUAACGCUGAUUGGGCAUCCCCCGUGGUGGUUGUAAAAAAGAAAAACAACACCAUCCGCUUAUGUGCAGAUUUUAAAGUGUCCAUCAACAAGCACAUUGAAGCUAACCAACAUCCCAUUCCCAACCCGAGUGAUUUGUUAUCGCAAUUAUCUGGUGGAUCUGUAUUUUCCAAAUUAGAUCUCAGCCAAGCUUAUGCUCAGCUACCGCUCGACGACGACAGUAGGCGCUAUUGUGUCAUCGCUACGCACAAGGGUUUGUACGAAUUCACGAGACUACCCUUCGGCGUCAGCUCAGCUCCGUCAAUCUGGCAGAAGGCCAUCGAGCAGGUGCUACAAGGUCUAGAAGGUGUCGUUGUCUAUUUCGACGAUAUUCUCAUUUGUGGUAACACCCAGCAACAACACGACGAGCGUCUACGAGCAGUCCUCCGUCGUUUCGCUGAGACAGGGCUGCGGUUGCGUCGUGAGAAAUGUGAGAUUGGUAAGCCACAAGUUAGUUACCUUGGGUUUACAUUGUCGAAGGCUGGUCUACAGCCCAGUCGGGAUAAGGUUUUGAGUAUUCAGAAUGCCCCGAGGCCCCAUGAUGUAUCUACCUUGCGUUCGUUUCUGGGGCUCGUGAAUUUCUUUGGGCGGUUUAUCCCCAAUUGCUCCUCGCUGUUACAACCCCUGAACGAGUUGUUAAAGAAGGAUGUAGUCUUUAAUUGGACGGAUGCAUGUCAGUCGGCGUUUGCCAAAGUUAAAGAGUUUCUCAUCGCCGAUCCUGUUAUGGCCCAUUAUGAUGUUACCUUACCACUGAUCUUAGAGUGUGAUGCAUCCCCUGCUGGUAUUGGUGCUGCUCUUCUACAUGUCAUGCCGGACCAGUCUGUUCGGCCAGUUGUAUAUGUGUCACGUGCUUUGUCCAAAGCAGAGAGUCAUUACAGCCAGAUUGAGCGAGAGGCGUUAGCUAUCGUGUUUGCUGUUCGUCGUUUACACCAGUACAUCUACGGUCGUAAGUUCAUUCUGCGCACCGACCAUAAGCCUCUAAUCAAGAUCUUCGGCGAGCACGAGUCGUUAAGUAAGACGUCGGCAUCCCGUCUACAGCGCUGGGCCGUGAUUCUCGCUGAGUACGACUACGUCAUUGAGCAUAUUCCAGGUAAAGAAAAUGUGCUAGCAGAUUGUUUGUCUCGUCUGCCUUUACCAUUGUCUGCUGCUGAAAUGUCUGCAAUUGUUAGUGCAGUCAGCAGUCAUGCAUUUGACCCCUGCGAGUUAAUGCCUCUACAGAGUUCGGAUGUUGCCAAGGCUAGCAAAUACGAUUCUGACAUUUCGUUAGUAAUGUCCUACACGCUGCAUGGUUGGCCUGCUACAGUUCCCGACAGGUUAGUGCCGUAUAGCCGCAUCCGGAAUGACCUAAGUAUUGAGCAUGGUUGUUUGCUGUGGGGUUCCCGCGUCAUUAUUCCAGUUCAGUUUAGACGCCACUUAUUAGAGGAACUGCAUUCUUCACAUGCCGGUGUGUCUCGAAUGAAGAGUGUGGCACGAAGCAUUUUCUGGUGGCCAGGCUUAGAUGCCGAUAUCGAACGAUUAGCCGCCGAUUGCAGUCUUUGUCAGGAAAGCUCUAAUCUGCCCCGCAAGGACUCUGUCCACCAUUGGGCAUACCCCAAUGCUGCUUUUGAGCGUGUGCAUCUUGAUUUUGCUGAGUUCGAGUCGCAACAGUUUCUGGUCAUAGUUGAUGCAUUCUCUAAGUGGAUUGAUGUAUACGAGCUUGGUUCCUCCGCUACGACUACUAAAACAGUGAACUGUUUGCUACGGUUCAUCAGUACAUUUGGUAUUCCUAGAGUACUAGUAUCUGAUAACGGCCCACAAUUUGCCUCUGGCGAGUUUGCUGCUUUCUGUGCUCAGAAUGGUAUUAAGCAUCAUCGUACACCGCCCUAUCAUCCCGCCAGCAACGGACAGUGUGAGCGGAUGGUGCAAGAGCUGAAGAAGGCUUUGCGAGCAAGGCCUCACCAUGUGUCUGUAUGUGUGCAAGUGUCUCGCUUUCUUUUCGAUUACAGAAACACGCCGCACAGCGCUACCAAGCAGAGUCCCGCGAAUAUUCUAUUGAAGAAAGCCCCGACCACGCGUUUGGCGCUGCUGCAACCCAGUUUCGCCACGGCUAUGCAGCAGGCCCAUGAACUCGAUAGUACUGCGUCUCGUGAGUUCACAGUGAAUGCACCAGUGUGGGUGUACAAUGCUCGUCCUGGAUCUAAGCCGAAGUGGCUAGAAGGUUUAAUAUGCAAACGACUCAGUACGAUGACCUAUUCUGUGAUGGUAGGAGGAGUCAUCCGAAAAGUGCACAUUGAUCACUUGAAGUCCAGAACAGCUGAGUCGGCUAGUUUAUCGGCCGAGUCCGACGCCAUUCCGACAGUGUCUACGCCGAGUGUUACUCCGACAGUCGCUACAGCAACGCCGAGUCCUGAGUUACCAGCUUCACCGCCGGCUCAGUCGUCUCCUGUCAUUGAUACAGCAGCUACUACUAUGCCUAGUACGCCUACUACUGCUACGUCUAGUACGCCUACUACUGCCACGCCUAGUAUGUCUACUACUGCUGCUACUCCUGUUAGUAUGCCUGAUACAGUUCAAGUCGCUACUCCUGUUAGUAUGCCUGAUGUGUCAGUGCCUGUUUCGUCAACUCCAGUGUCACCGCGCUAUCCGUCAAGAAUGCGCCGUGCCCCUGAUCGCUUAAAUUUGUGAGUAUUGAGUGACUAUCUUAGCAUUAGUCAUGAGUGACUCGCCUAGCAAUUCUGACAUUGCCUUAGAGUGUCCUAUUCCGCUAAUUGUCUGUAAUAGCAUAGUAUUGUAUCAUAGUUAGUCGGAUAUAAGGAUUUGCUCUUGUAUAUAGUUGUUUGGAUGCAUUUUGAUUAUAUAUGCAUUAUUGCUAGUCCCACUUCACUACUUCUUUAAGGAAGGAGGAUUGUUAUAGAUUGAUCUAUUAUUAAUAUUAGUCGUACGAUCUACGAUCUACGUUCUGCUACGUGUGUCGUUCUACGUGUGCUCUACGUGUGUCGUUCUACGCUCCUUUGAUGCAUGCAUGACGAAGAGUGACAAUGUCUUACCUCAUUAUGAAUCAGUCUUCUUCUGCAUUACGUCUGCAUGGCUGACGUGUGUCUUACUUUGGUACGAGCUGACGAGGCCUAUACUGUCGUGUCAUAGCGCCAUUAGUGCCACGACAGCACUGACGUGUCUCUGCUGCUUAUCUCUCCAUGAUUGCCAUUUUACAUGUUCACUUCUAAAUUAUCCUAGAACAAACCAGAUGGUGUUUCCUGCUGUGGUAUACGCGAGUUGCAUGGAAUGAAUCU